GCCCUAGGCCAGGACUUCUCCACGCGAUGACGGCAUUCUUGCGCCCCGGGGCGAGUAGCGGCUGGAGCAUCGGGUCCGGAUUUGGGGCGCCAUCGCGAAAUUCCAGCUCCGGCGUCUCCAUGCGCGCCACGAAUCGGCCCGACGAGGAUUCUGCCAAGGAGAAGGCGGUCUUUGCUCCGCCAAGCACCAUGCCUGAGACCCCGGCAGAGUGGAAAGGGUGGGAGGAGAAGCGAAUCCAGGAAGAGAUUAUUUCCAAGCAGGGUAUUUCGAUUCGUCGGCGGCCCCCGACUGGACCUCCGACUCACGCUUGCGGGCCGUUUGAUUUUAAACUCCAGAACGAAGGAAAUACUCCUCGAAACAUCCUCGAAGAGAUUGUGUGGAACACAGAGCGAGAGGUCACAGAGAUGAAGGAGAAGACGCCGUUGGGUGCUUUGCAUAAAGCUUUACCAGCUGUUGAUCCUCCGCGGGACUUUAUAGGUGCUCUAAAGGCGAGGAAGGCUGAGACGGGAUUGCCAGGACUUAUUGCCGAAGUGAAGAAGGCAUCCCCGAGCAAAGGAGUCAUCCAGCCCGACUUUGAUCCGGUGCGUAUUGCAAGAGGAUAUGAGAGAGGUGGAGCGGCAUGUCUCAGCGUUUUGACGGACACCAAAUAUUUCCAGGGGAGCUUUGAGAACUUGAAGGCCAUUCGUGAAGCCGGGGUUCAGUGCCCGUUGCUGUGCAAGGAAUUCAUUAUUGAUGCCUGGCAACUCUACUAUGCUCGAAUUAAAGGUGCUGAUGCCGUUCUUUUGAUUGCUGCUGUGCUUCCGGAUCAGGAUCUAUUAUACAUGACAAAAAUUACGAAAGCUCUCAAGAUGGCUGCACUUGUUGAGGUUCACAAUGCAGUGGAAAUGGAUCGUGUGCUACGUCUUCCAGGGAUACAAAUGAUUGGGAUAAACAACAGGAACUUAGAAAAUUUCGAGGUUGACAUCACGAACACUGAGAGUUUGCUACAAGGAGUGAGGAGCGGAAUCAUUCGGGAGAAAGAGAUUCUUGUUGUUGCUGAGUCCGGACUCUCCACACCGGACGACAUAGCGCUUGUUCAAAAUGCUGGAGUUAGUGCGGUACUCGUCGGAGAGUCGCUGGUGAAGCAAGACGAUCCGGCAGCUGGUAUUGCAAGCCUUUUUGGAAAGGAUGUCAGUAGAGCAGCUCAGAAGAAUGAAACAAUCUUCGUAUAAUAAGCAAACGAUCGGAAGUUUGGAACGAUU